GCAUAACGAUUCAGUUCAUCCAAUAAUCAACAAGCAUCAAUAUGAAGAUCAUCAUAGUUUUAGCCAGUCUUGUCGCUGCUGUUUUCGCCGAACCCCCAGUUCCAAGCAGCAGAUAUUUGCCAAGCACCAGAUAUUUACCGAGCGUUCAAACUAACUCGUUUACUUCCCCAAGUACUCAAUAUGGAGUUCCUAGUUCAGUAUUUUCUGGACGUACUUCUGGAUAUGCGAAGCAAAUGAACUACAACUCCAUAAGCAAUGCUUAUUUACCAGCGUCAUAUUCUAGAUCUGGAAAUUCUUAUGAAGAUGACCAUUCUGAACCAGCUAACUACAACUUCCAAUAUGACGUCCAAGAUAACCAACAUGGUAAUGAUUACGGCCAUGAAGAAACCAGACACGAAGAUAACGCCCAAGGAAAAUAUUCCGUUGUGCUUCCCGAUGGAAGAAAACAAACUGUAGAAUACACCGCUGAUUCCGAUGGAUUUAAACCAAAAAUUUCUUACGAACAAGUUUCUAAUGGUUACAAUCGUAACUUUAAUGGGUAUAGCAACGGUGGUUACAGCAAUGGUAAUGCUUACAAUAACAAUAAUGGAAAUAGCUACAACAGUAAUCAACACAAUGCUCAAGUAUACAACCAUCAAGAAUCUUACACCAAUGAAGAGGGAGGUUAUAGAUACUAAAUAAUCAUUGCUAAUUAAGGCCAGUACUUCAUCACAUAGGACUAAGAUUUUGAGAGCUUAAUUUUGUAAGCAUUGUAUUUAUUGUAAUAAUAAAUAAAGUGCAUGUAAAAUAA